UCUCUCUCUCUCUCUCUCUCUCUCUGUUGUAUUCGCGAUGGUGACAGAUGGACAGGGAGAGAGAGCGCCUUGGUGCCGUGACUCCGUCAUCAGCGUCAUCACCGUUACGCGCGCGUCGAUACUGUUUGCGGUGCGGCGACGCGGAGCAGCGCGAGCAUUAACUGGACCCCAGGACACGGAGAUGGAGACCUUCUGCCAGCGCGUGCACGGACUCGGUUAUAGCUGAGUAAACAUAACACCGAGACCGAGACCAUGAUCGCCAGAGCGCGCGCCAACUCAUCACCGGCGGUGGCCGCGCACACGGAGGGCGAAGAGAUCGAAGUGUUAGAGAGCGAGGAGACCGAGACCGAGACCGGAGCUCCACCGGACACAGAGUGGAAAUCUCUGUUUGAUAAGUAUGACCCAGAAAGUUCAGGCUUCAUUAGUGCAGAGCGUUUGCGUGAUCUGCUCGAGACCCAUGGCUCUGAACUCGACACACACAAGCUGGAGGUUCUGUUGGCGUUGGCCAACGGGAACGCCGAGGGAAAAGUCCGAUAUCAGGAUUUCAUCAAUCUGAUGACUAAUAAACGCUCGAACAGUUUCCGGCGAGCGAUUCAGCAGGGAGGGAGGCAGCUGAAGAGCUCCAGCCUGAGGGAGGAAGUAGGACUCGGUCUGCCUCAGAGACUCGUCCGACACGUAGCUUACGAGACGCUGCCUCGGGAAGUGGACCGCAAGUGGUACUUUGACAGCUACACCUACUGUCCUCCACCCUGGCUCAUCCUCACCAUCACCAUCACAGAGAUGGUGGUGUUUGUGUAUUAUGGCCUCCUGCUGGACCGCUGGGUUCUGCAGGUUUCGUCUCCGUCCUUUCUGAAGAGUCCACUGCCUUACCACCCACAGCGCAGGGCGCAGGCCUGGCGCUACCUCAGCUACAUCUUCAUGCACGCUGGCAUCGAGCACCUGGGUCUGAACAUGGCCAUGCAGCUGCUGGUUGGUGUUCCUCUGGAGAUGGUGCACGGAGCCGCUAGGAUCGGCCUCAUCUACGCGUGCGGUGUUUUAGCAGGUUCCCUGGUGGUAUCAGUGAUAGACAUGGCUGCCCCUGUAGUCGGGUCAUCAGGAGGAGUUUAUGCUCUUGUCUCCGCCCAUCUUGCCAACGUUGUCAUGAACUGGUCAGGGAUGAAGUGUCAGUUUAAGUUGUUCCGGAUGGCGAUGGCGCUGGUGUGCAUGAGUGUGGAGUUCGGCCGUGCCGUGUGGUUGAGGUUUUACCCCCCCGCCAUGCCCCCUUGCCCCAACCCAAGUUUCUGUGCCCAUCUGGGCGGGGUGGUGGUGGGUCUGACGCUGGGUGUGGUCGUGCUACAGAACUACGAGCAGCGGCUGCAUGAGCAGUUCCUCUUCUGGAUCUUCAUUAGCGUCUACGGCCUCUUCGUCCUCUUCGGGAUCUUCUGGAAUGUCUUUGCUUACAGCCUGCUGGACGUCAAACUUCCACCACCACCAUGACCAUGCCUAAACUGUAUCAUCAUCAUUGCUGUGUAUUGUCCAAGAAGAUAAAGGAAGAGAUGCAGCCGAAUGUGAAAGUGAAGGAAUGAGACCAGCAAUGAAAUGACAAACCCAGAGGAAUCUAACCCAAAUACAAUAAAGUGGCAUUGAGGCUAAUCAUGCUAAUGUGGUUAAAUCAUGCUAAUGUGGUUAAAUCAUGCUAAUGUGGUUAAAUCAUACUAAUGUGGUUAAAUCAUGCUAAUGUGGUUAAAUCAUACUAAUGUGGUUAAAUCAUACUAAUGUGGUUAACAGUGUAAAGCACUAACGAUAAAGCAAGAAUCAAUGUGUGAUGAUUAUAGAGAGAAUGUUAACUGGUUUAUUUUGGUUUGUUAAUGACCAAAAUCCAGUAUGAAUGCUACAUAAUAAUGAGAGGUGGGUGGAGUCAUGUGGGGUCUCGAUACUGUAGCCCCGCCUCCUGAUUGUUCAAGCUUCCAAAGUUUGUUAGACUAAAAUUCAAGUGCUAACAAAAAAGUAAUUUGUAAUGAAUUAACAUCAUGAUUACUAGCAUCUAUUGACCUUUACUCACUGUUAGCAACAUUAGCUUCCUCAAACUAAAGCUCAUUGUGCUGCUAUUAGUUUUGAGUGUUAGCAUCUAGCAUCAUCUCCAGCUAAAACCAGCUUUCUGGUUUCUGAACUGAAAGCAGAACUGUUCUGAGAUCAGACUGUAAUUCUCAUGACUAUGUUCUCAUUUAAAUCUAAAUGUGUGUGUCCUGUGUGUUAGCAUGUGUUUUAGCGGGUGUGUUAGCGGGUUUGUGCUGUGGCCGUUUAUAGUGGACGUUAUAUUUUUGUAAGUAAUUACAGCGUGAUAAGAGGGCACAAACUUUUAUUAACAUUGCCAAAAAUAUCUUCCUCCUCAGCUCGUCACUGUUUAUGCCUCGUUCUAACAAACGGAUGUAAGUUUGAUAGAAAUCCCUUGUUCUAUCGCGCUACUGCUACUUUCCAGCAGCACACUGGAUUUAAAGAAAUAUUUAAAAUGUAUUUAUAGCUGUUGCUGUGUGUCAGACACUGGACUAAACAGUUGUAUGUGUGUGUGUGUGUGUGUUUGUGUGUGUGUGUGUGUGUGUGUGUGUUAUCUAUAGACGAUGCUAGAGUACAUAUGAACUGAAUGUUUCCAUUAGGCGUGUGCUGAUAUUUUACUUUUUCUUGAUGUAAUAAUGCCAGUUUAAGACACUAUCCUGAUAUUAAAUGAAAGAGAAAGGUUUCGGAUUUUAAUUGGUAUUACAGAACAGAGACGUUAGCCUUUCUUUUAACAAGUAGCUUAGCUAACAAUAGCACAGUGCUAGUAUUUUAUGCUACAUCACACAGUGAGCCGAAAGAGAUGGAAAUAAAGGCCAAUAGCGAUCAUCCCUACAGUUGGUUAAUCACAAUAUGACCCACUAACUGAUUAUCAGCGCACGCCUAGUGUGGAGUUUAGUGACUGUUUUGAGACAAGCUCGUUUUCGGUCUAUGCACAAACAUUCAGCACGGCAGCAAGAGACAACUGACACCAGAUCAGAUAUAUAACAGUCUUGUACAGUUCAGACAGUGCUAAUAGCUUAUAACACAUGAGUUUAUCAUGAAGUAUUUAUCUCUCUGACACAGCGAGGUCUGACCUCCUGAUGCAUCACUGUCUCUCUUCACAACACAAAUCCAAAGCAGUUUAAUUUUCUAACAUAAUUAUUAAACUGUGUUUUUAUGACGGUUGAGUGCGUUAGCUGCUAAUCUGCGAUCCGAGGCUGUGCUCUAAAGACAGUAAUCUGGAGCUCUAACACAGAUAAAUGCUCACACGGAAUAUUUUAACAUUUUGUAGAUUUAAAAUGUAAAUAUGAGAAUCAUUAAACAGUUUUAUGACCGAAAAGCCGAAA